GUACAAAUUGGGUUUGGGGGGCUUGGCGUAAUUAUGUGAAUCGAAAGCGGCCUUAAGUCCAAUAACGGCCAAAAUAAAGGCCAUAGAAUGAAGAAAUGCAUGUGUGAUUUUCAGGCGUUUUUUCAGGGUGUUUCGUCCAGUCCGAUAGAUCAAAAUUGCUAGAAAUGAUAGUUUCAAGGGGGCUCCUCACUGUAUUUUAUGUUUACAUUGGCCGUAGAUGAAAAUUAGGCCAGUGGUCAUCAAAAGCGGGUGCCAGUUGAAUUGGUACUCGGGUUCGGACCACGAGAACCCAUUUCGGUACUUCACCAACCAUGCCAGUACCAUGACUAGCAUGCCGACCCCCAGAGCCGUGGUAAAACUAUACAACGAGCGGUAAUUGCGCACUACCAGAUGCUCAUUACGGGCCUCCAUUCCGCUACCGAGACAAACACCACUAAAAUCAAAAAUUCGGACAAUACGCACCUGAGAAGACCAACAGAUUGUUCCGCCGAAAGAGACUCAGAACUCAUGAGAUUCAACAAGUGGAAAAUCAAUAACCCCCUCCCAAGUCCUGUUAUAUGACCCGUAAACAACACAAACGCGAUAAAAGUGUAUCACAAUGCACUAAUUAGCCGGUUUUGAGUGCGUGAAAGGCUCAUUUCGAUUAAAAACGGUAAAUUACAUUUAACCUCAAAUUUUUGACAAUUAAAAGUGAGGUUAUGUCAAUUGUCAGACGUGGAGGUUUUUGACGAAAUGAACGCUUUGGGGCUCAGUACGAUUGUCAAUUUCGGGUGCAUUUGCACAAGGGAGUCGGUCGACAUAAAUGGGGUAAAGUACGUCGUGAAAGAACGACUGGGUGAAGGGGGCUUCUCCACCGUUGAUUUAAUCGAGAAUAAGGGCACGAAACGUAAGUAUGCUCUCAAGCGGAUUAUGUGUCACAGUCUCGAGGACCAGAGAGUGGCAAUGGAGGAAAUUUCUUAUUAUAAAAAAUUGAGACACCCCAAUAUCAUUGAACUUGUGGAUUCCACGUUCAAGGGGACGGCCGAUAUUGUCGUAAAUGCGACAUCAGAGGCCUACAUAGUGUUACCCUACUACCGUCGAGGCACCUUACAAGAUUACCUCACGUUACGUUCAUUUAAUAAACAUUAUUUAGACUUGAAAGAGGUGCUCCGAUUAUUCAUUGAUAUCAGCCAAGCCGUCAAGUAUUUACACGACUUCACCCCCGAGCCGGUGGCUCACCGCGACCUCAAAGCCGGGAAUGUGUGUCUGACUGAAGACAUGACCCCCGUUUUGAUGGAUUUGGGCUCUUGUGCCCCGGCCAAAGUCCAGGUUUGUGGUGCUCAAGACGCCCAAAAGCUACAAGACUUGGCCGCGGAGCGUUGUUCGAUGACCUACCGAGCCCCCGAGUUGUUCCACGUCGAGAGUUAUUGCGUCAUAGACCAACGAACAGACAUUUGGAGUCUUGGGUGUCUUUUGUUCGCCCUGUGCUACUUUAAGUCACCUUAUGAUUUGGUUUACGAACGCGGCGAUUCAGUCAAUUUGGCUGUCAUUUCCGGGACUGUCCAUUUUCCCGAAGACACGCCCUUUGACGAGGACGUCCACGACUUGAUUUUAUUCAUGUUGAAAGUUAAUCCGUCUGAAAGGCCUUUCAUCGACGGCGUCAUUGAAAAAACGCGCCAUUUGCAAAACAAAAUCGAACCAGUUGUGUAAUUAUUUAUUUUUCUACAUAUUAUGUAAAUACACUUUAUAAAAUAUACAAGUUUUUACACAAUUAUUAUUUACGUUUCCUCACUCACAAUUAUUGAAAUAUUGUGACCUUGUAAUUUCCCACUUUUC